AUGCGUGGUGACAGCAACGCUGGAACUACGCUGCCCUCAUCGGACUUGCCUCGCCAGUCAGAUUAUCUCUCACCACCUGCGUCUCGAAAUGGGUCAUGUGAUACUGCUGGAGUGCCAGCUCAUUCACGUAUGAAUAGUGAUUCGUCAGACGUCCCCAGCGGCAGGUCCGCUAUUCUCGAUGGCGACGUUGCGUCGGCCCUGAGCAUGGAAGUUCUUCGUGGUUCCUCUUCUUCGGCCUUGGCGACUGCGGUUGGCGAUAUGGCUGCGCAGGAGGAUCGGCGGUUGCACAAUGUGGGGGUUGCGGCUUUGGCAGCUGUAGCCCAGUAUCCCCAUGCCGUCAACGAGGAGAGCGGUUCUUUUAUUGUUAAUCAGGUUGUGAAUGCUGUUACCGGCGGUGCCUCGUCGUUCCCCCGAUCUGGAGCCGGGAUCAUGGAAGUGGAAGGAAAUACCUCGGAUCCUUCGGCCAACGUGUUGUACUCGACGCAUUCUGGAGCAGACAGCUUCCCAUCAGAAUCGGAGGAUUCGUCGUCGGGUUCGGAGACGAGUGAGAGUGAUGUGGAUAUGGAGAGCAUCGUACAUGACUUGAUUGACCGAACCGCGACAUGGCAGAACAUCGCGACGAUAGCGGCACAGACUGACCAGUUGCGGAAGGAGAUGGUCAUGGACUAUGACUCUGUUCUGGAGGAGGACCAGCCAUCGCCAUCGACCGUUCCGGAUGAUGAUCUAGAUGACUUGCUCCGUUUCUACCCCGACGAGGAAGAAUACUACCGCAAGUAUAUUGCCGGGCACUCGCCGCGCGAGACUGCAAUGCACGAUGUGAAUCUGGAUGAGUUUUACCAGACUAUCAGUUACGAACCGACGAAUCCCACUCCACCGCAAGUUCCUGCGGUAGCACCUGAGUUUCCCCCUGCAGGUCCACUUCCUGUCGAGCCUCUACCAGAAGAGGACGCUGAAUGGCAUCCUGCGUCUAUCAUUCACACAACAACAUAUGAACGAAAUUUGACCAUCGAUGAGUUCAUUCAACGCUGGAUGGUCCACUCCAAUAUCAUCCCCAAUGGUUUCCAUUCCGAGAACCGAGUUCCUCCCCAGCUGCGUCCUCUAUCCAAAAUGAUGGGCUGGCAACAGCCACUAGAAAUCCACCGCCCACGAGGGUUCAAGGGCCGUUUCUACGAUCUACAGCAGAUGCCUUGGGCAGAAACACUCAAGGUGAAACGGUCUGAUGCUCGCGCACUCCGCGAUGCAUGGUACACUUCCUACCACAACCUCGAUUAUUCGCACAAUAUUUUCGCCGAACGGCUUCCCCAGGACGAAAACUUCUUCCAAGAAAAGUCUAUGCAUACAGAGUACAAGGCGACCGUGGAGCACUUCCAGCUACGCAAUCUGAUGUCUGUGCCCGGAUACAACACUGUCCACUUUGCUAGCCGGUCUAAAGUCUACUCGUGGACGCCAGACUUUGACGAUAUCCGCUGUCUUAUCGAUCUUACCCGCCCAGCACCAGAGUCUGGAUUCCUCAGUCCAGUCAAGAUUUCCAGUAUGAAAUCAGCAUACGGUCUUACCGUCGCAGGCGGGUUCUGCGGUGAGUACGCACUACGUGGGACCAGCGGUGAAGGCUGUGGUGCAAAAGGGCUCGUCACCCCCGAUUUCAACGACGGCAUCACCAACCACGUCGAUAUUAUCCGUAAUCGAUCCGGCGACUCACCCAUCUGCGUCUUCGCCUCGAAUGACCGACACCUUCGCGUCCUAGAUUGCGAGGCGAACAUCUUCCUGUCCGACCAAGAACUCUCCCGCCCAAUAAACUGCACCGCGACAUCACCAGAUAGCCGACUCCGCGUCGUCAUUGGCGAUUCCCCAGACGCAUGGGUCAUCGAAGCCGACACCGGUCGUCCCGUGCACCCCCUCCGUGGCCACCGUGAUUUCGGCUUCGCCUGUGCCUGGUCCCCAGACAUGCGACACAUCGCAACCAGCAACCAAGACAAAACGGUCAUCAUCUGGGACGCACGUACCUGGCGACCCCUAGAAACCAUCGACUCGGACGUCGCAGGCUACCGCUCCCUGCGCUUCUCCCCCGUCGGCGGCGGACCCCGCACCCUCCUCUGCGCCGAACCCGCAGACCGAAUCUCCAUCAUUGACGCGCAGAUGUAUCAGUCGAGGCAGGUACACGAUUUCUUCGGCGAAAUCGGAGGUGCCGACUACGCGCCUGACGGUGGCUCGAUUUGGGUUGCCAAUACGGACCCACAUUUUGGCGGGUUUAUGCGGUAUGAGCGUCGGAAUUGGGGGCAGGCGUUUGGAUUGGCGGAUCUGCCGAAUGAGUGGUUGGGUGAGGGGGAGUUGGAAGGGGAUGAGAGGUGUCUUGUUGGUCGGAGGCAGAGGGAGUUGAGGUUUUUGAGGACGUUGGAUGAGGCGGAGUAUGAGAUGUUUAUGUUGUAA